AUGGCAGAACAAACAGAGAGAGCUUUUCAAAAGCAACCUACCGUAUUUCUAAAUAAUAAAUUACGGGCUCUUGGAAUUGUAAAAAAGAGCAAAAAAGGUGUUCGCUAUGUACGGAAUGUUGGACUAGGGUUCAAAACGCCACGUGAGGCCAUAAUGGGUACGUACAUUGACAAAAAAUGUCCGUUUACUGGAAAUGUUUCAAUUCGUGGUCGCAUAUUGACAGGUGUUGUUGUGAAGAUGAAAAUGCAGAGAACCAUAGUAAUUCGAAGAGAUUAUUUACACUUUAUUAAAAAAUAUCGUCGUUACGAGAAACGUCAUCGCAAUAUGUCUGUGCAUUGCUCUCCUGCAUUUAGAGAUAUAGCUGUGGGAGAUAUUGUCACAGUUGGUGAAUGUCGACCGCUAUCAAAAACCGUGCGUUAUAAUGUUCUGAAAGUAUUAAAGGCUUCAGGUGCCAAAAAGUCAUUUGACAAAUUCUGA